GAGUUGUGUUUCUUGUACAUAGUGGACCCGGCGAACAUACCGCUGCAGGGCGCCUUCCACCAGCAGCUGGACGCCUUGCUGAGCGCCGUGCGCCUCACGCAGCCCGAGAUCGAGCGCCUCGGCCAGCUCUACCGCGACCUGGAGUAUGUGCUCGGUGAGCUGUGGCCUGGUGAGUUGUGUUUCUUGUACAUAGUGGACCCGGCGAACAUACCGCUGCAGGGCGCCUUCCACCAGCAGCUGGACGCCUUGCUGAGCGCCGUGCGCCUCACGCAGCCCGAGAUCGAGCGCCUCGGCCAGCUCUACCGCGACCUGGAGUAUGUGCUCGGUGAGCUGUGGCCUGGUGAGUUGUGUUUCUUGUACAUAGUGGACCCGGCGAACAUACCGCUGCAGGGCGCCUUCCACCAGCAGCUGGACGCCUUGCUGAGCGCCGUGCGCCUCACGCAGCCCGAGAUCGAGCGCCUCGGCCAGCUCUACCGCGACCUGGAGUAUGUGCUCGGUGAGCUGUGGCCUGGUGAGUUGUGUUUCUUGUACAUAGUGGACCCGGCGAACAUACCGCUGCAGGGCGCCUUCCACCAGCAGCUGGACGCCUUGCUGAGCGCCGUGCGCCUCACGCAGCCCGAGAUCGAGCGCCUCGGCCAGCUCUACCGCGACCUGGAGUAUGUGCUCGGUGAGCUGUGGCCUGGUGAGUUGUGUUUCUUGUACAUAGUGGACCCGGCGAACAUACCGCUGCAGGGCGCCUUCCACCAGCAGCUGGACGCCUUGCUGAGCGCCGUGCGCCUCACGCAGCCCGAGAUCGAGCGCCUCGGCCAGCUCUACCGCGACCUGGAGUAUGUGCUCGGUGAGCUGUGGCCUGGUGAGUUGUGUUUCUUGUACAUAGUGGACCCGGCGAACAUACCGCUGCAGGGCGCCUUCCACCAGCAGCUGGACGCCUUGCUGAGCGCCGUGCGCCUCACGCAGCCCGAGAUCGAGCGCCUCGGCCAGCUCUACCGCGACCUGGAGUAUGUGCUCGGUGAGCUGUGGCCUGGUGAGUUGUGUUUCUUGUACAUAGUGGACCCGGCGAACAUACCGCUGCAGGGCGCCUUCCACCAGCAGCUGGACGCCUUGCUGAGCGCCGUGCGCCUCACGCAGCCCGAGAUCGAGCACCUCGGCCAGCUCUACCGCGACCUGGAGUAUGUGCUCGGUGAGCUGUGGCCUGGUGAGUUGUGUUUCUUGUACAUAGUGGACCCGGCGAACAUACCGCUGCAGGGCGCCUUCCACCAGCAGCUGGACGCCUUGCUGAGCGCCGUGCGCCUCACGCAGCCCGAGAUCGAGCGCCUCGGCCAGCUCUACCGCGACCUGGAGUAUGUGCUCGGUGAGCUGUGGCCUGGCUGCCGCGCGAUCCCGUUCGGCUCGGUGACGACGGGGCUGGGCGUGAAGUCGUCGGACGCGGACUGCUUCGUGUCGCUGCCGCGCGGCUCGGGCGCGGGCGCGGGCUCGGGCUCCGGCUCGGGCUCGGGCUCCGGCUCGGGCUCGGCCGCCGUGGGCCGCGCGCGCCGGGCGCUGCAGGCGCACCCGCACGUGUUCGGCGAGCUGCUCGCCAUCCCGCGCGCCAACACGCCCAUCGUCAAGUUCCUGCACCUGCCCACCGGCGUCUACUGCGACCUCAGCUUCAAGACCGCGCUGGGCUCGCAGAACAGCAAGCUCAUCGCCUUCCUGCUGCACUGCGACCCUCGCCUCGUGCCCGUCGCCGUCGCCGUCAAGUACUGGGCCCGCGUGCACGAGCUCACGGGCACGGGCAAGUUGACCAACUACGCCCUGACCAUGAUGAUCAUAUUCUACUUCCAGCAGCCGCCGGUCGCGAUCCUACCCGCGGUCGAGUGGCUCCAGAGGGACCGCAGCUACGACUGCUUCGUGGAUUACUGGAACACGGGCUUCAUGAGCGAGACGCGCUGCGUGCCCAGGUCCACCGAUACGUCGUCUAUAGCGGAGCCUGGGGGAUUUUUUGAGUAUUAUGCUAAAUUUGACUUCGAGCGGCUCGUCGUUUGCCCGGUCCUCGGCCGGACGAUCAAAAAGGAUGACUUUAGAGACUUGAGACUUCUCCCGGAGGAGUUCAGUCGGUACAAGAGGAACGUUUACAGCGGCGUGUCGCUCCCCAUCCGCUUCAUGACGUCCAUGUGCGUCCAGGACCCUUUCGAGCAGUGCCACAACGUCGCGUCCUCGGUGUCCUCGCGGUUGGCGGCGGAUAUCUGCGCCUACUUCAAAUUCGCCGCCGACGCCUACGAGAAGGAAAAAAUGAAAGAUUUUUCGGGGCUGCUGCCGACGAUCCUGCUCGAGAAGCCGGACCUGCCGCGCGCCAAGAAGGGCGGCUCCGAGUUCCGCGCGCGCCUGCCGCCCGGCCUCGUCGGCAACAUCGCGGCGCCCGACUGGAAGGCCGCCGUGCGCGACGUCGCCCUGCAGCUCUUCCAGACCCUGCUGCGCGUGCAGCUCACCCGGCUCGAGGACAAGGAGGAGCCUGCCACGCCGAGCAAACAAGCCAAGCCUGGACACGCCACUAAGGGAGGAAAAGUUUCUAAGCCGGAGGAGACCCCCGGGUCGUCCAGAGCGGGCAAGAUAACCAAGCUAGAAGAGACGGCUAAAUUGGGGAAAAAUACUGAAGAUGUUUCGAAACUUGGACAAGAAACUUCUAAAGUGGAAGUGAUCACUAAACAAAGGAGAGACUCUCAAUCGGAAGAAUCUGCAAAAUCUGUUAAGGAAGCCCCUAAACCGGAAGAGGCUGUUAAACCUCAAAAUGAAACUGCUAAGUCGGGAGACACAAAAGGAAAGGAAAAAGCGACAAAGGAAAAAUCUAAAGUGGAGAUAAUUAAAAACGGUAAAAUAGUCGGGGGUAUAACCAGGAGGGAGAAGGAAUGGUACACGGGCGCGAUCACCCGCGCCAUCUGGAAGCGGAAGAUGUUCUCCAAGCUUUACAGCGUGAUGGGGCUCAAGUUCCUCGACCGGGAGACGAUGAUCACGGAGGAGAUCAUGAAGGUGGACAAGAACGUGAUCGACGUGCGGUUCACGGUGCUGGUGACGUUCGUGAACGCGCCGCGCUCCGCCGUGGUGGCCGUGCGCCACGCCGCCGGCGACCUCAACGCCUUCAAGGAGUUCGGCAAGUUCUUCAACAACACCUUCCAGCACUGGUUCGUCAUCCUCUACAAGCCCUACUGCAAGAAAUCCCUCCAAAGUACUAACGCCGAGAACAAAGUGCCGGCCGUCACGGACGAGGAGGCCGCCGCGAAAGAACUCAAUGAGGCUAUGAAAGAAGACAAAGAUAUAGACAAGAGCGACUCCGACAGUGAUUCUGAUCUCAGCUACGAGGAUGAGAGAAUAGAUCCGAACGCGACCAAUUCCGAAGUAGGCGAGAGCAAAGAGAGUACGAAGCUAAGUGAUGCGGACAAAAGCAGUAAAAACGAAUCAAACAGUGCUGUUAAAAAACAGAGUGAAAACGAUAAAAAAUGUGAUACGAAAGAAAAUUAUGACAGUAAAGUCCAAGUGGAAAAAACACCUGACGAGGAUGGGUUAAACGCAUCCGAUAAGUCGCCGCGGAGGCGCAAACACAAAAAGCAACACGCUAACAAAGAUCAACCGAUAAACCACUUAAAUAACAGGGUCGGGGCUUUAAACUUAACUGUCAAAUCACGAACAAACAUGAAUAAUAUGCGAAAUCACGACAAAACACAUCAGCAACAAACAGUAGACGAUCAAAAUGAGGGGAAAGAGUCUCAGCACACAUCAACAAAGAACAAAAACAGAACGCAGCACGGUGACCACAACGACACCGGCCAAGAAAUUGUCAAGAGCAAAUCUACAAGACACCGGCACAGGAAGGGCAAAGACAAAACGCAGAGCGCUCCCGCGGAGCACAGCGCCGCGCCGGCAGCGCCGGGGAGCACGGACCGCUGCCUGCAUGGCGGCGUGUAGUCACUCCGAUACAUUACAAAUCUUGAUUAUUGCCCUUAGUAAUAUUUAAUGUAGCUAACUUCUAUGGACUAAGAGCUAUAGGUAAUUAUGGAAUAGAGCAACUAAACGUAUCAGAAUCGUUUUUUUAAGGAGAAUUUGAAUGUCUGUUAAUGCUAUUUUUUGUAUGUAUAAUUACUUCAUUUUCAAUCAAUUAUUAAAUGUUAUUUCUCAUAAA